AAUAUAGAGGAUAUUCGAUCAAUUGAAAAUACUACGAAUGAUGAAAGUUCUUUUGAAACACUAAUAAUUAAUUAUUUUACAGAAGAACUUGCCAUAAGAGAUACCCGAUUUUCAGCUAUUCCAAUUGAAUAUCCAGCAACUUCCAAUGAAGGAGUUGCUUAUAUUUUUAAUAUAAAACUAUCCGAUUCAAUUGCUCCAUUUAAUGAUCUGUAUACCUUAUAG